AAACUUACUCCGACGUUUAUACCCGCCCAUCUACCCACUCACCACACCACAUUAUACCACAUACCGUCAUUCCAAACCCCCAAAGACCAGAUACAAAGAAAGAAAGAAAUGGACGCCCAAGCCUACCUCCUCCGCCACGGCUGGUCCGGACCCGGCAACCCACUCAACCCGAACCGUCGACCGGGCACACACGGCGGACUAGGUCUGACGAGACCGAUUCUCGUUGCGCGCCGCCAAGGCAACCAAGGCGUGGGCAAGAAGACGACCAAGGACCAUACGAAUCAGUGGUGGCUGCGCGGAUUCGAAGAUGCGUUGAAGGGCGAGAAGAGGAGGAAGAAAGAGAUGAAGGAGGAGAGACGGGUGAGGAGGGAGGAGAAGAGGAAGAGGAAAGAGGAGAGGGCGAAGCGCAAGGAAGAGCGCAGGAAGAGGAGGGAGGCGAAGGAGGUGAGGAGGGCGGAGAGGAAGGAGAAGAAGGAGCAGAAGAGGUUGCUGAAGGAGGAGAAGAAGAAGAAGAAGAAGGAGGAGGAACGUCGUCCAGAGGAGGAGUAUCCUACGCCGCCGGCGACGGAGCUGGAGCAGACUGAGUCGAGUGGUCGGGACGAGUCGGUUGUUCAGGAGGUGAAGGCGAAGAAGGACAAGAAGGAGAAAAAGGAGAGCAAGGGCAAGAAGCGAGAGGCGUCUACAUCUGAUGAUGGGACGAAGAAGAAGUCGAAAAAGUCCAAGGAUGAGAAGAAGUCGACGGAUUAAGGUUGACCGGCUGGAGAUGGAGUGUAUAAAUAGACCUAGACUUAUAGAUACCCAUGGCUUGCU